UCUAAAUUUCUCUCUAUCUUCAAUCACACCAUCAAAUCUUGAACAUCCACAUCCAUUAUCCCCUCCUCCUCCUAGUAUGGAAAUAUCAAAAAAUUUAGACAGAAAUAACCUAGAGCCGCCAACGCAAGGGGAGUCUAUGAUAUUAAAUGAAAUAUCUAAUCAUACAUUAUUGAUGCACAAUAUGAAUGAUGAAGAAUUAUUAUUAAGAGCAUCCAUGGUAGAGUUCUCAAACAAGAAUGUCCCAAAAAUAGCAUUCAUGUUCUUGACACCAGGGCCAUUGCCACUUGCACCUUUUUGGGACAUGUUCUUUAAUGGUUAUCAAGGGUUGUAUUCAAUAUACGUUCAUCCACAUCCUUCUUAUAAUGAUUCUCAUGUGCCUCAAACUUCAGUCUUCUAUGGGAGGACAAUACCUAGCCAGCCGGUAUACUGGGGCACUAUAUCCAUGAUAGAUGCAGAAAGAAGACUUCUAGCAAACGCUCUAUUUGACUCCUCUAAUCAAAGAUUUGUACUACUCUCAGAUUCAUGUAUCCCACUAUUCAAUUUCACCACCAUAUACAAUCACCUCCUCGGCUCAAACUUAAGCUUCUUAGCCUCGUACGACGAUCCUCGAAAACCAGGCCGAGGCCGAUACAACCGCCUAAUGUGGCCGAAUGUGACAAUCGAGCAGUGGCGAAAAGGGUCUCAGUGGUUCGAAAUUCACCGGGACCUCGCUGUGAAUAUUGCUUCGGAUCGCAAAUUUUACCCGAUUUUUCAAGAACAUUGUCAAGCUCCAUGUUACAAUGAUGAACAUUAUUUGCCAACUUUAGUGAACAUUUUAUAUCCUGAGAUAAAUUCCAACAGGACAAUCACUUGGGUUGAUUGGUCAAGGGGUGGUCCACAUCCUAGAAAAUUUGGAAGGCAUGAUAUUUCAAUUGAGUUUUUGAAUCAAAUUCGAUUUGGCAGUGAGUGUAUGUAUAAUGGGAAUAUUAGUACAAAUAUUUGCUAUCUCUUUGGUAGGAAAUUUCUACCAGAUGCAUUGGGGCCCUUGUUGCAGGUUGCUCAUGAAGUGCUCGGGUUACAUAGUUAA